UGGAUGAGGAUGGGUAAGGCUAGUAGACCUUUUCUCACGGGAAGCCCAACCCAGUUUGAUGCUUCACUGAAGCCCGGCCUUCACGUCAGAUUCCAAUCUUCCAGGGACUCCGGCGAAGUUAGACAUUGCUGACCAAAAAUCCUCACCCUCCCCGUUCCCGCGCCGAUGACGCUGCCGGAGAGUGUAUCGCUGCAUUAUUUUCAACUAAUUUCUUCAACGCAUGCCUCUGUUUCUUCCUCCACCUUCUUAUGUCCUUCAAGACCUUUGAUGAAUUGUAAAAUUGUGAUGACUCGGAAGAUGUCAUUCAGAAAUGGAGGUGCUCUGAGGUUAUGCUGCUCGGAUUCAAAUCAUUCUGCUCCUUUGACUUCCACAACUGCGGCAGCCACGGGCGGCCCUGCUCCUCCAGUUCUGAAGAGGAGGAAGAGGUACAGGAGAGAGUAUCCUGGCGAGAGCAAAGGCAUUACUGAGGAGUUGAGGUUUGUCGCCAUGAGACUUCUUAAUGUUAACGGUAAAAAGUUGUCUGGUGAUGCUGUGGAUUCAUCCAGCGAAGAUGAAGUAGGGGAGAAAGGUGAUGGAGAUUUGGCGUUGAGUGACGAUGACAAUGAUGAGAACGGGGAUGGAACACAGACUUGGGACCCGAGUUUGGAAGGAUUCCUUAAAUAUUUGGUUGAUAGUAAGCUCGUCUUCAGCACCGUGGAGCGAAUCGUUGAUGAAUCCAGCGACGUUGCUUAUAGUUACUUCAGAAAAUCAGGGAUGGAACGUUCAGAAGGUCUUGCAAAGGAUCUAGAAUGGUUUCGCGAACAGGGUAUUGUGAUACCUGAGCCUACCAUUCCAGGAGUUUCUUAUGCCAAGUAUCUGGAGGAACUUGCUGAGAGGAGUGCCCCUUUAUUCCUUUGCCAUUACUACAAUAUAUACUUUUCACAUAUAGCAGGUGGGCAAGUGAUAGCUAAACGGGUUUCUGAGAGACUUCUUGAAGGAAGAGAGCUUGAAUUUUAUACAUGGGCUGGGGAUGCAGAAGAAUUGCUGAAAAAUGUUCGUGAGAAGCUUAACAUGCUUGGAGAGCACUGGUCUCGGGAUGACAGAAAUAAAUGCUUGAGAGAAGCAACCAAGACAUUCCGCUUUUUGGGACAGAUAGUUCGUUUGAUCAUCUCAUGACUGGCUGUUUUAAAUGCUACAACUGUGAAGGUGUUCCUGGACCAGUCUCAUUUUCGAACUCGUUUUCUUUGAAGUUGUGCUGCUACGUGUAAAGUUUCUGGAGGACUAAUACUAACAGGGGUAGCAGUUGACAAUGUUCAGAAAAUGGCACUCUCUUUCAAUCAAUCAAAGCUGCAAUGAGUCUACAGAGUUGCCCCCAUUCAAAGGCUUUGAUACUCUGAUUGGUAAUGAAAAGCAAAUCAGCGACUUUUGACAGUGGUGGCUGAAGGUAUGGAGUCAGUGACCUUCCCCAACUUGAGGAGCUAACCCCAUUAUUUUCAACAUUCCAUCAAAUACCAUCAGAGUGAAUCUACUUUAUCUGCGGGGAACGCUAUUUUCCCCCUGUUUAUCUUUUUCAAUCUUUGACAUCUGAUUAAGGAGAAUUUAGGCUGUGAAAGAGUGAAUUAUCCUUGUGAUAGUUCUCCAUUGGUUGUUCAUCUUGCACAGGUUUUCUAAUUCGUUCGGCCACAUGCUAAGGUUAGUAUACUGAAUUAAAAAGCCCAACACUUUCCUUUUCUUUUAUGUAUAGUUUAGGUGCAACCUUUAUCAAAUGAUAAAAUCAACUUUAAAAGCUUCAUUACACCUCUACUGUUUAAAAGCCUCAAAACCCUUAAAAAUUAUUUGGUCUCUAUUUAAACUGGUUUUCUAAGUGCUUAAAAAGUACAAGUAUUUCUAAGUACUUAGAAAAUCCAUCCAAACAGGUUUUUUUUAGGGUUACCAAGAAUUUUGAUGGAGUAGAAAUAAUUUGAGGCACUAAUGAUAACUUGUUACUUGUUAUAUUAUAUUCUUCCAUGGAACCUUCUCAAAUAAAUAAUUUAAAAAACAAAUCCUUCAAUUGAACCAUUAGUGAUAAAUUGACUUGAAAGGCCAUUAAAAGGCAUUUCCAAACUUUAGGAACUUGUCCAAUUUUAAUUAAAGCUUUCUUGAAUAGGAUUAUGCACUUCAAAACAUAUCAGGAAAAUAUAGUAGUUUAGAAGCAUACUAAAGUUUUCUUGAAUAGGAUUAUGCACUUUAUAUUUCCUUUUUCUAGUGAUAAUCUUUUUUAAUAACAUAUGUUCACUUUUUUUAAAUAAAAUUAUGUUUUGAAACUAAUCUAGUUUUUUGGGAAAAACUAAAUAACAAAAAAAAGUUAUUGUUUCUAAUAGAGUUCUAUUGACAGAAUUUUGAUCUAUUACUAUUGUUUUUUUUUUUUUUUUGUAAAAAUUGGGAGCGAGGGAUUUGAACCCGAAACUUGUUGGUCCUUUAAGUACAUGAAGGAGUCAAUGGAGCUAGACUCUUAUUGGCAAUUUUGAUCAAUAGUUAUUUUUCAAUUCUUAGGAUGGAAGUUGUAUGUAUAAUUUGGUGGUAUGGUUAUUUGAGGACAUUGGAGAGCAACUCGAAUUGUUGUGCUAAAUAAGAUCCAAAUACAGAUAAAAAGACAAAGGUGAGGAAGAAAAGCAAGAGAAAACAAACAGCCGUUGGUUUGGGUAAACAAGGCAAAAUAUUUGUCACUGUUGGAUUUAGGAGAAGCAUUUGCCGUUUGAAGUGCUUUGCUUUUUCAACACACUAGUUCUCAAUCUAAUAAGAUCCCCAACGAAUCUCAACCCAUUUGAUUCUCUACCAUUAUCAAUUGCCUUUUGGAAUAUCAAAAGAAUCUUAAUCAUUCUAUUGGUAUCUUUUUCUAUUUUCUAUUUGAUGAAGUAUUACAUUUGUAUUAUCUUCGUCUUAACAUAACGCCGCCCUCUAAUUUCUUGGUCAAAGAAGACGGACCUCUUGGUAUAGCUUUGUAAUCAUAGCUAGGAUAACAUGUUUCUGUCGUAACCAUAAAUUAUAUGUUCGAACAUAAAAGAGCAAGAUGAUUAUUUGUUCAAUAGAGUUUUACUGUGUCUCAAGCUUGAGAUGAUUAAAAGCAGUGUGAUGCCUUUAGUCAUCCUUACGCACAACAAUCCAACAUUGUCAAGAUACUUAUUAUUGUCAAGAUACUUAUUACCUUUGAAACCACUCAAUGUAGUGAUGGUGUUCAAGUGCUAUAAAAGGAUCUUAAUCUUUGGUUUUUAGUACUCUAA